CGCGGCGCGCGCGCAAAGAUGGCGACGCCCUAUGUGACGGACGAGACCGGCCGGUACAUCCCCUCCACGCAGCGGCCGGACGGGACCUGGCGGAAGCAGCGCCGGGUCAAGGAGGGCUACGUGCCCCAGGAGGAGGUGCCCGUCUACGAGAACAAAUACGUGAAAUUCUUCCGGAGCAAACCCGAGCUCCCCCCGGGCUUGAACCCCGAGCCCGCCCCCUCCCCGCCCGGCCGAGGGACCCCCGGGCGGCCCGAGGGCUGCGACCCCUCCCCAGCUUUGUCCAAGAGCGCCCGCAGGAACCUGAAACGCAAAGAGAAGAGGAAACAGCAGCAGGAGAAGGAGCGGGACGGACUGAGCCAGGCGCCGGAAAACACCGAAAACAUCGGGACGGGAGCGGGAGGAGGAGCAGGAGGAGCAACAGGCGACGGCCACAACGGAGGAGGAGGGACAGCUGGGGAGAAAAAUCGCGGGCGGCGCAUGAAGAGCCUGCGCAAGAAGCUGCGGCAGGUGGAGGAGCUGCGGCUGCGGCUGGAGCGGGGGGCCCUGGCCCGGCCCAGCCCCGAGCAGCUGCAGAAGCUGCGGCGGAGGAGCGCGCUGGAGGAGGAGCUGCGCGCGCUGGAGCUGGGCUCCUGAGCGGGGCGGCCCGGGCUUUUGGGGGGUUU